AUGACUGACUGGAAUCAAAUUUAUGCGGCGGCCUUUGUGGGCAUGCUAGGGGGGCUCGUUUCUGUCCACCUCAAGACUUCCAAGCGCAAGCCCCCUGCAGCAGUCCAGGGCAGGCCGGAUACGAUUCUCUUCGCAGUCAACACCGAAUAUGGUCUCUCGAACGUCCAUCUCGCGACAAUAUUCUCGCUGCUCAAGAACCACCCAAAUCUUAAGAUUCACAUCGCUUCUUUCCCCAGCUUUGCCUCCAAAAUCGAUCGUAUUCGCACGUACGCAAGCAGACAGAACUCCUCGUCGAGUAAUGUGGUUUUUCAUGAGCUACCUGGCCCUGAGUUCGGUCCUGCGACGAUGAUGCCAUCUGAGAUGAUCAUUAGGCCGCCUGGCAUCCGUAGCAUCGACACUGUGGCGAAAGCGGUGCAGGUGUACCUUGCGCCCUGGACCGGAGAGGAUCAUUUACGAAUGCACAAUUUUGUGAGGGACCUCAUCCGGGACCUGGACCCUGGUGUCAUUGUUCUUGAUAUUUUCCUGAGGCCCGCAAUGGAUGCAGCCAGGAGCGAGCGGAGGCUACAUGCUGUUCUCGCGCCGAAUGUGCUCGCAGACAUAUUUGGAUCAACACAACCGUGGUGCAGUGGUCUUUGGAAGUUCCCAGCCAUGGGUUCCGCUCAUACGUUUCCCCUCCCCUGGAGUUCCAUACCUUCCAAUAUCUACCAAGCAGGCUGCUUCCUCUAUUCUAUGACAUUUUGCCCAGAUCAGGCGUCGAAGCAAAAGUUUUUGAACGAUAAUGGGCUAUCCGAUCCCAUCUCUUACUUCAAUUUUCAUGACCCCCCUCUAGGCUAUCUCAUUUGUCAAGAUACCCCCAAUGCCUCUAUCCCUCUCAUCCGCGCCCCUCCCAACGUAACGACGACAGGACCCAUCGCUAUCUCAGUUGCCACAGCAGAAGAGCAAGACCCAGAACUUGCAAAGUGGAUGAAGAAAGCACCGACAGUACUGAUCAACCUUGGAAGUUUCUUCCGGUACGACGAGGAACGAGCUAGGGCAAUGGCCGGUUCUCUGAAGGUUGUUUUGGAGCGGACUGAAGUACAGGUUCUGUGGAAGAUCAUGCCAAACACCGACCCCGUACUCGAAGACAAUGUUUGGAUGCCUCUGGUCGAGGAUUAUGUGAAAUCGGGUAGGCUGAGAGUAGAGAAGUGGCUUUCUGCUGAUCCUUUGAGUCUACUGGAGACUGGUCAAGUCAUUCUCUCUGUGCAUCAUGGGGGAGCAAGCUCCUAUCAUGAGGCCGUAUCAGCUGGAGUACCACACCUUGUUGUGCCUGCUUGGCUGGAUUGCUACAACUAUGCAGCUCUUGCAGAGAGUUUCAAACUUGGCGUAAGAGGGAAUCAUAAGGCUGCUCCCGACAUUUCUCAAGAUGAGCUGACUGAGGCAUUUUUGGCGAUGCUUGAUGGUGGCUCAUCCUGCGUAGAGAUGAGGAGCAAUGCCAAGCGUCUGGCGAAGUCUAUUGUUCGGCCGGGAAGAGACGUGGCUGCUGAUAAAAUCGCGGAACUAGCAGCCGGCGGCCAUUGA